CGUUGUUCUUGAUUUUUGAUCACAGCAAGUUUUCCGUUUCCCUUCAAGGACAUCAUGGUGCAAGGUUGUGCCCGAGCAGGGUUCUCCGCGACUGCGGCGGCCUCGUCAAGCGCUGCAGCAUCUUCGUCGCCCGUAGUAGUUGUCCGUGCAGGGGCCCGACCGGGCCUUCACUUGCCACGCCUGGUGAUGUACUGGCUUGCUGCGGUUUUCUACACCGGAUCGGGAGUGAAGCUGGAAUUUCAGAAGAAGCGAACGAGUACCACGCAGCUAUUAUAUUCGUGUAGUUUGUUGAUGUUGUUGUUGUUCCCACGACGCGAACAUCUACAUCAUGAUCAUGUUGAUCUUCACGUCAUUUCUCUUUGGUUUCUCAUUUUCCCAUGAUUUUUAUAGGUUUGAUGGUCAAGAAGUUCAAGUGUGGCAAGAUCCAUUCUUUUUGUUUUACAGAGCUUCUGCGGGAAAGGCUCGAGGAAAAGCAGCAGGUGCAGGAGAAGCAGCAGGUGCAGGAAAAGCAGCAGGUGCAGGAGAAGCAGCAGGUGCAGGAGAAGCAGCAGGUACAGGAGAAGCAGCAGGUACAGGAGAAGCAGCAGGUGCAGGAGAAGCAGCAGGUGCAGGAGAAGCAGCUGCAGCAGAUCUCACCUGCAGGUGCGGUCUUAUGGACGCUUCCGGUCGUUGGUGCGGCCCUGGUGGGUGCGAAUUGGGGAAUUUACGGAACCCCCAAUUUGGGAGGUUUCAUCGGAUCCAGCUACUUUGCACGGAAAGCUUUGCUGGCACACGAGGCCGCGCAGAAAAAGCAGGAGCAGGUUCGCAAGCAGGAGGAGGCAGCCUUCGGCGGGGUCCGCUCCCAGAUGGCAGCAGUGGCGCUGAGUACCAACCAGCAGUGCAGCAAUCCAGUGCCGGGAGGGGUCGAAGGCGGGCCUUCAUUUGCUGCCGUUUCGAUUGUGCCCGAAAUCUGCGUGAACUUUGUGGACUCGUCGGUUCGCGACUCCGGGAUGAACGUCCGCGGGGAGAUUGAUCGGUGGGGUGUUGGGUACCAGAAGUUGAAGCUUAGUGUGCCUGACGAGAACGCUUCCCAGGCUGACCGCGAUUUGUUCGCAGACAAGCUCUCUCGGUCGGGCUGUUUUGCGGCGAAGCCCCCCCUCGGCGAAGACUCGGCGCCCGUCGUGAACGUGAUCUUCGACACCUCCUAUGGCGUUCUCAACUGUUACAUUCUCAACUGUUACAUGAGUCUGUGAUGCAAGAAUUGCAAAAGUGAAAGGGGCGAGGUUCUUGCACCUCUAGCAUUACAUACAAGUUCUGCACAGAUUUAGGCUUUGCUUAGCCUUUCGCAAAUUUGUCACGCGAAGCAGCUUUCUCGUGUAGAUCUUGAUGGUAGUUCUGCAUGACAAAUUCAUGUAACAGUUGAGAAUGUAACAGUUGAGAACGCCAUACCUCCCUCAGCGAGGAUUUGAGUCGGAUGGUUCAAGACACGAGAAAGGUGGGAGACAAGUUGAACUCUGACUGGACAAAGAUGGAAAAAACGGGACAGAUUGUCUGGCUUGAUCGAACAAAACAUCCCCAAUCCCAAAAUACUUACAUGUUGGACCUUUACAUGUUGGACCAGGAAACUGCGCAGACCUUUGUGUGCGAUGGCGGGAACUGGGAACAAAACCCGCAGAGCUUUUGGAUAACUUGUCCUCGCGGCCCAGGCAGACGCGGGUGGGUCCUCCAAGCCAGGCCGGCUCCGACGAAGGCGGCGCCGGAACGCCGAGGUCUCCUGGACGUGACGCGAAAACAAAAGGUUCAAAACGGCGACAGCAGUCCGCUCGGCAUCGCGAAAAAAAUGCUCGAGAAAACCACGGGUGAGAACAAGGACAUGCUUGAUUUUCCAAAGAGAAUUUUGCUGAUCGACGUGGAUGUGAACCCAUACCCAAACUCUGCCAGCAACGACGUGUCCCUUGCUGCCCUUGGUGACGUGCUCACUGGGUACAUCGAGCAGCGGUACGGCAUGACGGAGUCAGUGGCGAGGUCCCACGUGAAGGCAAGUCUGCAGCCCUGCUACCAAGCCGGAGACAUCAGCACGUACAAGCGCCCCGAACAAUGGAUGCGUGCCAGCUUGUCCAAGGCCCUUGAUCAGACAAGAAUUGACGCCCCAGCUGCACCCAAGGCAAAGCCAAAGUCGGCUUACGAAAUCAAGGCCGACUCGCUCGGCGGGGUGUUUGAGCAGAUGCGGGACAUCCAAUGAUAUGAUUAGAAAAAAACCCGCUGCCUACUUGCCUCCUAGCGAAAAAAUGCCGCUAGUUGAUGUGCUAGAAGUGGUGAGAUCAUUGGGACCAACCAUUUUUCAUCUUUUUGUUUCUCGUUUUUUCAUCAACAUCCAUCUCAAUCUCUGCUCUUACUUUUCCCCGGUUUCGGGCGAAAGAUCGCUGUGGCGCAUGGACACAUUCGUAGGUCCGUGCUUUCUUGCAAGGGAUGAGAGCCAGCCCAGCUGAAGCCCUAGCCCUGCUGCAGGUUGAUUGAUGUCGGGCCGGCUCUUGAUGGAACGCCCCGCAUAAGCCACAGUAGAGGUCCUUUGGACUUGGUCGAUUGAUUUCUGCCUUCAUCAAUCUGCGCUUCUUGUUUGCCUCCCUCCAGCUCCAAUUCAGAAAUAGAAGUAUGCACGUAGAGUAGAUCUGCUGUGAGAACAAGGAAAAUGCGCAUGUGUCAUCGCCGCGGUUGGUUCUCAAAGUUUUACUUCUUUUCAUGGCUUUAGGAAGAGUCACGGUCCUCUAGUUUUUCUUUUGAUCACGUAUAAAAGGCAGAAGUAGGCGUCCGACGACAACUUGGCUUCUUUUUCUCUGCCCUUCUUCCUCUGCUUUCUACAAGCUAAGGCCCUGACCUCCUCCAUUUUCACGCGCCUUCGCUGAAUACGCAUAUUGGAGGUAAGGUUUUUUUCUUUCGAUAAACUGAAAGCGUUGCUUAUGGCGUUCUCAAACGUUACAUUCUCAACUGUUACAUGAAAUUUGUAAUGCAAGAACGACAAAAGUGAAAGGAAAAACGUUGCGCCUUUUGCAUUACAGGUUUGGAGCAGAUUAUAAUGCUAUCUAGCACGUCGAGAAGUUGUCAUGCGGAGAAGGCUUGAUCGUAUUAAGAGUGACAGUGUUUUUGCAUGACAAAUCAUGUAACAGUUGAGAAUGUAACAUUUGAGAGCGCCAUAUUGCUCACCUACCAGCAGGCGUCGCGCAAAGCCGCUCUCCUUCGUCUCUAUGCUUCUUCCUGGGCGGCGUCAGGAGUUGCGCACGACGCCGCAGAUUGGGAAGCUUUAUGCAGUUGAAAGCUAUCGUCUUCAGGUUGCCAAAACAAACUGCAUGUUAGCAAUUGAUCAUUUGCUUGAGCCUUGUUUUCCUUUACUACUAGCUCUGCUCCUGAGUAGCAGUAGCAACAGUGUAUAUGUCUUCUUCGGCAAAUGAGUUAUUUGUCGUCUCUACAUCUAGAUCUACAUCUAGGUACUGCAGUUGCAAUUGGAAACCUUGAUACGAUGGACUUUUGCAGAGAAUACGCCCGGUUUUCCACCGACGACGACCCAAAUUCGCCGCUGUACGUGCUCCACGGCAACCAAGCGAGAAUAGAGUAUUACAAGUUCUCGAAGAAGCGGGACGAGGUGUUGGAUGAAUAUUUGAAGUCCCACACGACGACGCCGAUCCGGAACGGGCUUGGUACGAAGGACCAGCUGCACGUGCGGAUGACGCAGGCCCAGAUGCUGGUGUUGGACGACGCCUGCAACGCGGCAAAGACCACCAUGGAGCGUGUGUUCUUCGAUCAAGUCGAUGGAGAAUAUCCCGCGACCUACAUUACGGACCUGGGCGACGGACUGCUCGUCCCCGUCGGGCGGAUCCGCAAAAAAGACACCGAGACGGAAGACCCGAGGCAUAUGGAUGUGUCAGAGUUGAAAUCGAUAAAGUUGAAAUAAUUUGUCAUGCAUAAAAUGGAUGCCAAUUGGAACCCAGUUUCCAAGUAGCGCAAGACAAAUUUCGGUGGUCCCUAAAUCCACUCUGUCAUGCUGUUUAGGCAAAGAAGAGCGAUUUUCUCAUGUUACUUUAGCAGCUCGAGCUGUAGCCCCAAACAGGCUUACAAUCGGCCUCACUUGCCUGCUCUGCAACACACGUGCCUCCGGUCAUGCAUUUUAUGCAUUACAAAUUAUUUCAACUUUGACGAUUUCAAACCUGACGCUUCCAUAAGGCAGAUGCAACUGCCACUCAACACCAAAACGCAGGAGAAAAAGUGCCAGGAAAUCACGGGCUCGAAGGGCUCCGCCAACUCUUGCCUGGUUUUCCGCGUGGAAAUCUCCAGCGUCGAGCAUUGGCAGGGCGAUGGUGCGGCGUGGAGCGACUUCGUGCAGUUUCUGCGGAGCGGACAAUACUCGGAGGCCCAGGAAAUGUUGGCUGAUGUGGUGCGAAAGGAUGUGGAGACGCAAUAUAAGCGAUUUCUCGACGAGCUCACAUCUGCCGGGAAGAACAAAACGUCGGCAACACAAAAGAAGACCGAACAAAAAGCGAAGCGAUUCGACGGGAGCGUCACCAUUUGGAACCUGGAUGCUCUGUACCUGAGGCAGGACCCGCACGACGAUGAUCCAAACCGUCCGUAUCAGUUUUCGAACCUAAAAUGGCUUCGGGACAUCAUCAUCCAGGAUCGUGCUCUGAACCAAGUGCAACAAGACCAAAAAAUGGACGAACUGAAGGAGCAAACGCAGGCGUACGUGGGAGACUUGGUGUUGGCCGGGGUGAUCACGCGUUACCUUCUUCACCAGUACCAAAACGCGGACGUUCACCUCUUGUCUGUGCCAGAGAACCCAAUUCAAAAACGCGAGCCACUGGCGGUGGAGGCUCCACCGUACGAAAACGCGGUGCUCAGCCACACAGAGGCGCUCAGCUUCUUGAACUACAAGCGGGAAUGCGGGCGGCAGAAGGUACUGUCGCAAAUUACGGAACACCGGCGAAAGCUUGUGGGGGGUGGCGGGCCCCAGCAAACGGCAGCCGUUCUGCCCGGGAGCACGCAACAGCCGAGGGGGCGGGCAGGAGUUGCAAGGAGCAGUGUAGCGGGCAGGGCCAUGAGCAGUGCGGGCGGGGCCAGGAGCAGGGUGGGGAGCAGCGGAACGCGAUCUCCUGGGCUGCUGCCGCGUCCGGCACAACCGCCAGUUGGAACACGACUUCCGGCUUCCAGGUCACCUGGAAGCCGCGCUGGAAGCCGCGUUUCAAGACGCAGUUCCAGAACGGGAAGCCGCGCUUCAUCCGCCGCCUUAGAUGAUCCUGCUGAGGAUUAUUAUGAUGACUCUGAUGAUUAUUCAGAGUAUUCUUCUGCUCCUUAUGCAUCUUCGUGAUGCUUCCCUGGUCUGUAGGAGUUCUUGUCGUACAAACAAAUGAUUUCACUGCACUGUUGCCUCCAUUUGUUUUAUAGAACGACAGUUGUUGUAUAUGUAUUCUCAAGAAAGAUUGCAGCAGCACCACUGUUCUUCUCGUCAUCCGGUCGCGCGAGGUGCGACGACACUUUUUAAGAGGUCGCAGCUGCAGCAACGAGGACGCACUUUCUGCAUUCUUUCUGAAGACCAAGGAGCACGAUGUUUGCAUUUGAUAGAAAUGGCGCGAGUGUAACGCCGAGUUCGGCUGCUGGUUCGGGGUUCACCGUUGCCAGCGGGCUUUCGGCGGGGACGAGGCGCUCCUCAGGAAGAAGCAGCGCGACUGGAAGAACUACAAGACGUUCCGCUUUUUUAUCGUUGUCGGAGCAGAGGAGCGCGGCCACUAAGAAGAGUCCCUUGCUGCUCUCAUCUUCGCGGCGCGAUGAUCCAGCUGAAGGUCUUCUUGGCGACGGCGGAAGUGCAAGUGGGCAUCAUGAUGAAGAUGGGGCGGCGGGAGCAGGUGCUCCCGAAGAACAGCGCUCCUUCUCGCCCUCUGGGACGAUCUUCGCCGACCCUUUCCCGGCGAAGAAGCCGCUGCCGCUCCUGCAGCUGGGAAAGCCGCGGCCUGCUGCGGGGCCGCGCGUGGAGAAGGACGAGGAGGAGGAAGUGGACCACGGGGAGACGACGGACAGCGCCGCGUGA